AUGGACGGCGGCAACUACGUCCAGGCGGCACAGGUCGAGGUCUCCACUGAAAACACCACGGAGCUCGUGCCAAUUCCUCAUGAGCCCAAGAUGGACCACGGCGCUCCAAUCCUUCAGAGAAAGUUGACGCCAGCGGAGCGCCUCUACUGGGAACAGUACAACACCACCACGUACUUCACCAUGGAAAGCCCACACAAAGGCUCCCUGUGGGUCCACGUCCUGACCCUUUUCGUCGGGUUCAUCUUCAUCUACCCGAUCACCUUGGUUCUCAACACCGUCAAGUCCAAGUGGUACAUCCCGGUGUUGACCGUCUACGACGCCUUGAUCGUCGUAUCGUUGGUGUCCUUAAAGGUGUUUAGCAUCUCGGCACCAAACAUGUAUCCGAAUAACGCAUAUGGCAAGAUGUCGUGGAUCUUGUUGUUUGCAACGAUCACGCAUUACUGUUUGGCGGUGCUCCACUGCGCAUCGCAGUGGAUCUCUGGCGAAUGGAUCAUGAAUGAUACGCCGGAAUUGAACCAACCUUUUAUCCCAUUGGAGGACUUGGACUUGGAGGCUGGUUCCGGCUCUCCUUCCCCAUCUACACUGAUCGACGCUGACAAUAAUAACAAUACUAAGAACAUCAGCAAUGGUGUGAACGGAAAUAAGAACAGCCAUGACCAUGGAAACGCCGUCCCGGCUUCUCCAGAGACUGAGGUUUACAAGGAUUCGGCUCAAUCGCAUAGCUCAUUGGCUCGUGAUGGUAUUCUUUCUUCGGUUUUCAACCAUCCAAGGGUCAAGGCCUUUGCUGAAAAGUUUGCGCCAGUGAUUUCGUUCUUGUUCUCCUUGAUUAACCUUCCAAUGCUUGGAUAUCUCUUUACUUACUCCAUCACCGGUGUCGCCACUGGUAAUCUGCUAGGACAAGGCGUUAGAGUCUUCAACUUGUUGGCCCAUUUCAUCAAAGGUGGUGUCUUCUUCACUUUGGGGAUCUUUUCAUUGGCCCGUUACUGCGGUUGUCUGUCGAAAUCCGGUUUGGCUUGGAACAAGUGUGUCAUCUUCAAGAAUCAAGUUAAUCACAACUCGCUAUGGUACAGAUGGAUGCCACAGGGUAUGUUCACCAUGGAGUUCUAUGAGAGUUUCUUGAUCUUCUUUUACGGUUCUACAAACGUUUUCUUGGAGCAUUUGGCGGGCGCAGGCGGUGCGUGGGAAGCAAAGGAUUUACAACACGUUUCAAUUGCAUUCAUGUACAUCGGAGCUGGUCUCUGUGGUUUAAUUACUGAAAAGAUCUUGUCCGACUGGAGAUUCCACCAGGUUUUGUCCAACACGAACAUUAACCCUGCUGCUAUUCAUGCUGGUUCUCCAGGUUAUUCACCAAACCCAUUCCCAGUCUUCACCAUCUUUUGGACAGGUAUUCUCAUGUCACAACACAAGCAGGCUUCACAGAUUUCCACUGUAAUCCAUGAGCAGUGGGGUUACAUGCUCUCAUACGGUUCAUUCUUCCGUUUGCUGACAUUUAUUCUUCUGAUGCUUGUUCCAAACAAGAACUUGGCGCCAUCUCGUCCAUUCACCGAGCUGAUCACAUCCUUCUGUUUGAUCGCUGGUGGUGCAAUUUUCAUGCAAUCCACAGAUCAAGUGGUUGAGGCCCUCGAGUACAGAGGUUUGACAUCGAUGUUCACUCUUAACGUCAACGUUGGAUGUGUUGCCCUUUUGAUGGCAUGGGAAAUGGUUCUCUUGAUCUGGAAGGAUAGAUUGCAACGCAAGUGA